GACAAAUAUGUGGCAGUAGUAGUAGUAAUGUAGGACAAGUUGGACCAAAUAUGUCUUGGAACAGCCAAAGUGACACAUGGAAUUUUGUGGCUCACAUAAGACAUGGAGAUACUUAUAACUUAGUUGGCAGUGUAGAUUUGCAACCAAUGUGGAUGUGGUGCAAUCAUGUGAGUGAAUUUUGGUGGGUUUAGCAAUUUUGCCAUGAUCUUACAAGUGUUGUACAUCAUGUGCAGGUGUUGUUGGUGUGAUUUUAUGUGUUCCAAUAUAUAUUUUCUGUGUUGAAUGGAGCAGAUAUGUUUUCUUAUGUGAUUGUCUGGCUCCUUUUCUAUGGCAAAUCAGUCUGUAUAACCAAAUUAGCUUCCUUGUACCUUGACAUGCUUAUUGAUGGUUAGAGAAUUUUUUCUAUCUGAAAAUUAAGAAGUACAUAAAUGAAAUUGACAUGAAAAGUAACAAUAGAUAGGUAGCUAAAUGCAUAUUUUUGGUGUCAAUCUAAUGGAACAAAAUCAGAACAAGAACAAAGGAGUUGCUGCAGAUUGCAGUACUAGUAGCGAUGACGUUGAGAGAUAUUUCAACUCGUUGCCUGUUGGGUAUCGAUUCGCUCCUAGUGAUGAUGAGCUGAUUCGUUAUUAUUUACUGAGAAAGAUCAGCAAUGAACCCUUGCCUCCUAAUAGGAUUCAUGUGGUUGAUUUAUAUAACUAUAGCCCCCAACAGCUUGCAGAAACCUAUAAACUGAAUAGAGAAAGAGAAAGCCAGUGGUAUUUUUUCACGAGUAGGGAGAAAAAGUACCCGAAUGGAUCUAGACCGAAACGAAACGCAGGGGAAUUAGGAUAUUGGAAGGCUACAGGAACUGAUAAAGCAAUCCUAGACGGAAAAAAACCUCUGGGAUUUAGAAAGUCUUUGGACUAUUAUGAGGGGAGGCAGCGUGAUGGAACCAAAACCAACUGGAAGAUGCAUGAAUAUCUUCUUCAUCAAAGCCUUGUUCCUUCAGGCGCUACGGCCAGAGGCAAAAACCCACUGCAGCCUAAGCAGCUGCAAAUUGGUAAUUGAUGUCUUGUUGCAUGAUGCUGGAAAGGGAAAGAUGAUGAACAGCAACUGCUAGCUAUGGACACCAGGACUGCUCUCUCUACAUCUUCAGAGGCAUUCUGUCUGAUCAGAGCAAUUGCAUAUUCUAUAAGGUCUGCAUCACAAGGGAAAGAAGGAAUCGUUUUUGAUCUGCAGAGUACACAACAAAAUGGCCUUUCUUAGCUAUCAAUGAAGUAUCUAUACUUCCUAUGUUUUGUGACGACAUGAUUCUUCUUCGCCUGAUAGCAGCCAUCUUCUGCCAUUUCCUGGCUAAUUUCAGAAGUUUCUUGGGAAAGUAUGUGACUUGGUUAUAUAUUCACAUGGCCAGACAAUCCAUUUCAUGGAGCUCGCUCCCACAAGGCAGGGUUGCAUGAAAGCAAAACCAUGUGAUCGGUGGUUGUGAAAGAUUGUUUACAAGGUUGACAUGUUUGUUUAUGUUUGAAAGUUAACCCAUCAAGAAUCUGAAUCUACUUUUGAUGGGUAAAUUUAAUGAAGUGGUGAAAGUUGGGAGACAGUGUUCAAACAUAUAUAUGGAAGCAUUGGUAACA